AGUCUUGUUAUUGUUAUGAUUUGAUUAAGCAAAAUUAUAUCUAUUGCUUGCAUUGCGAAUUUUGAGCAAAAACGUUUAAAAAUGAGCAAAUUCUCGCUCUUCAAUGGCCACUAUGAGGACGACCACGAAACAGAGCAGAAAUACGCACACCUAAUGAAUCUGGGAAAUGCGAAUCACUUGGUGUCGGAAAACAGUUCUGGAAAAGCCAGUCGCUGCAAGUGGACCGGCGCAGAGGUGGAGACCUUUCUGGGAAUCAUCCACCAACUAAAACUGCAAGCUGCACUGCGGAGGGCGAGGAGCAAUGCAAAGGUGUUUCGGAUGGUGUCCAGGGAAAUGGCCAGACGCCACUGCCCCAAGAGUCCAAAGCAUCUGAGAGCGAAGUUCUAUCAGAUGCGGCGUCAGUAUGCAAGGGCGCGGAAUGGCGGCGAGCCGUUCGAGCAUUUUGAGGCGGUCCACGAGCUGAUGCAGGGAGAAGAUGUAUCUGAUCUGGAUGAUGAGGGGCUAGAGAGUGACACCGAUGCGGAGGCCGACGAGGACCAGUCCGGUAUGAUCUCGGAAACCGAAGGAGACGAUGCUUUGGAUGCCUCUGGCUCUUCCAUUAACAUCGUUACCCGCUGCAAGUGGGCAGAGGGCGAAGUGGACCUCCUCCUAGAACUGAUCCACACUCUUGGUCUGCGGGCCGCUUUGCUGCAAAAGCGCAAUGCCAAGGUCUUCAAGCUGCUGGCCAAAGAGAUGGCAAAACGCAACUGCCACAAGGGUGCAGAGAAGCUGCGCAUCAAGUUCCAGCAGCUGCGGCGAUUGUACAACAAGGUCAAGAACGGCACGGGGGAAACGUUCGAACACUUUGAGGCGAUGCGACUGGUCCUGGAUCCCACCGAAGAGGAGGCGGCCGCAGAGGUUGAAGCGGAAGCCCAUCUUAGCAGCGCAAGCGAUAGUGAUUUUAACGACAGCGAUGAGGACGACGGUGAUGCAUCACAGAGAAGCGGAGCGCACUUUUGGACAGACGAAGAGGUCGAUUCGUUUCUACUCAUUAUUCGGGACAAUGGUUUCUUCCGCGCCUUGGAUGGUUCCCGGAAGCGCAACUUCCAGACUCUGGUGCACAUUUCCAACAUCUUGGCUAAGCAGGCCAUCAAACGCACUCCCCACCAGCUGCGCAAUAAGCUGAGACUACUCUGCAAGCGUCACCGAGAGGCCAAGGAGCACGGGCUAGAUAAUGUACGCAUUCUGCCUCGCCACUUUGAGCUCUUCGAUGAACUGAUACAGGCACCGCGGGAAAACAAGAAAAGUGCUAUUCCGAGGCCCAUUCGCGGCAGCCAACCGUUCUUUCCCAAGCCGCCAGGCAAAAGAAGGGUUUCCCCUGCGAGUGACAGCGAAGACUCCAGCUCCACCUGCGAUCUCCUAAGAGCGGCUGCCGAAAGCGAGGACUAUGAGGACGCCAUACAGAUGGAGGCUGAACCAACGCCCAUUGAAGCACUUACUGCCAUCAUGGAAGGUCAAAAGCAGUUGCUUGCGCAGAUCAAAACCACCAACGAGAGCUUCCUGCGGCAGCAACGCGAGCAGCAGCAUCAAUUUCUGGAACAAGUAUCCGACCUAAUGCGUCGAGAUCGAGAGGAGACCCUACGCAGGAUCAGUGAAAUGCUGCAACCGAAGUAGAAGAAAUAGCCAACUCAAGCUUCUA